AUGGCAGCCGCAGCGACGGUCCGGGCGGCGCUCCAGCAGAUCUAUACGUCCAAGCGCGUCCAGUGCGUCGUAAGCGUCUCGGGCGGCGGUGGCAGCGCCGUCGGUGAGAUCCUCGGCACCUGCGGCGCGUCGUCCACGCUCCUCGAAGUGCUCGUGCCCUAUCAUCGUGAGAGCAUGGCCGACUUCCUGCAAGUGCCUGGCACGCAGCUCGAGACGCUCGGCUUCUCGAGCAAAGACGUGGCGACGCUCAUGGGCAAGAAGGCGCUCGAACGCGGGCGGCGGCUCGUGCCCCUCGACGAUGCGGCCGCAUGCAUCGGCAUUGGGUGCACGGCCGCCUUGGUGUCGUCCGAGCCGCGCCGGGGCUCGCACCGCGCCUUUCUCUCACUUCACACGGUCGACGCCAUCCAUCACUUCAAGCUCGAGAUGGAGAAGGGCGCGCGCACGCGCAAGGAGGAAGACGAGUGCGUCGGGCACCUUGUCGUGCUGGCGCUGGCCAAAGCCGCCAACGUUGACAUGGCGCUGCAAGCGUCCCUGCGCGAGCUCUGCACGUCGCACACGGGCGACUCGCUCGUGGAGGACGCGCCCAUCGCCACGCUGACGACGUCCGGCUUGCAGCUGCCGACCGGCCCGCACGAGACCGUCGCGUACUUGCCGCCGGCGACGAUCCUACGGGACAUGCCAUGGCGCCGCAUGCUCGUCGUGCCAGGCUCCUUCAACCCGAUGCAUGUGGGCCACACGCAAAUGGCGGCGACGGCGCAGGCUGCGCUGGCUGCCGCUUCGGGCGAGCCGCCACGCCGCAUUCUGUACGAGCUCUCGGUGCGCAACGCCGACAAGGGAAGCGUCGGCGGGGACGCGCUCCAGGCCCGCGUCCAGGCGAUUGUGUCGGAGCAUCACGCGGCAGUCGUGCUCACGAAUGCGUCGCUCUUCCUCGAGAAAGCAGCGCUCUUCCCUUCGUGCGCGUUUGUCAUUGGCGCCGACACGGCCGUACGUCUCCUCGACCUCAGGUACUACGACCAGAGCCAGGAAGCGCUGUGGGCCGCGCUCGCCCGCAUAUCGUCGCUCGGGUGCUCAUUUGUGGUCGCUGGUCGACAGGUCGGCGACGCCUUCGUGGCCGCCGAGACUGUCGUGUCGCAGGUGCCCGCCCCGUUCCAGUCGCUGUUUGUGCCAAUGCCCGAGACGUCGUUCCGCAAUGACAUUUCGUCCACGGCGCUGCGCACGGCCAGGGAUGCGUAG